AUGUGUAUUGAGAAAGGCUUGAAGAAUGUUAUCAAAGCAGAGUUUGUGAAAAGAACUCUGAAAAUGAAUGGUUCUAUUAGAUUGUGUUUUGUUGCUAUAGCAUUUGGUUUUGUGUUAAUCAUAAAUGGAGAGCCUAGCUUUGCAACAACACCUGAAAUUGCCGAUCCUCCACAGACACCAAUCGUGGCUGACUCUCCUGCUGAGUCCCCAGAAGGCGAUAUUAUGCUAGAUGUAUACGAUAUACCAGAUGCUCCCCCCGCCCCACCACCUUUCGUCCCCGAGUUCCCGGUUUAUAUAUUUUACUUGGGGGAGAGGAAACACGAUGAUCCUCAGUUGGUGACUCGAUCACAUCUUGAAAUCUUGAAAUCGGUUCUUGGAAGCGAAGAAGCAGCCAAUAAGUCAAUGAUCUACAGUUAUCACCAUGGCUUUUCCGGCUUUGCAGCCAAGCUCAAUCCAGCAGAUGCAAAGACACUGAAAUAUCAUCCUGAAGUUAUUAUUUUUAUCGAAAACCGAAAACUUGUGAUGCAAACAACAAGGACAUGGGAUUACUUAGGUCUUUUUUCAACUCCAGCUUCAUGUGAAGGUCUUCUAAAUGAGACCGACAUGGGAAGUGGGGCUAUUAUUGGCGUUAUUGACUCUGGGAUAUGGUCAGAAUCAGCCGUCUACAACGACAAUGGAUAUGAACCAAUACCAAAACAUUGGAAAGGAGAAUGCGUAUCCGCGGACCAGUUCUGUCCUUCAGAUUGCAACAAAAAGCUUAUCGGAGCUAAAUACUACAUGCAUGGUCUCAACGCAGAUCUCAAAACAAGUAUCAACAGUAGUGUGGAACAUCUAUCUCCAAGAGAUCAUAAUGGCCACGGGACUCAAGUAUCCUCAACGGUAGCUGGUUCUUUCGUUUCUAACGUGGCGUUUCCAGGCCUCCCACGUGGUUCAACCAUGAGAGGUGGCGCUCCUAAGGCGCGUAUAGCCAUGUAUAAAGCAUGCUGGGACGUGGAAGGAGGAUUGUGUUCGGUUGCUGAUGUAUGGAAAGCUUUUGAUGAGGCCAUUCACGACGGUGUUGAUGUUUUGUCGGUUUCUAUCGGCGGUGCAGCAAAGAUCAAGUCUCUUGACGUUGAAAUAGAUAUCGCGAUUCCAGCGUUACACGCCGUGAAUAGAGGCAUUCCUGUUGUUUCUCCAGCUGGUAACGGAGGACCUCGUAGUUCGUCGGUUAUUAACGUUUCUCCAUGGAUAUUAACUGUGGCUGCAACCACCCUUGACCGCUCUUUUCCCACACUGGUCACACUCGGGAACAACAAAACGUUGCGGGGUGAGAGUAUCUACACAGGACCUGAGAUUGGCUUCACUGAACUGCUGUUUAGUACGGAUCAUAAAGACAUUACUAUAGCCAAGGGUAAAGUUGCGAUGUACUUUGAAGCAGAUGGAAAGGUGCCUAUGCCAGACAUAGUUCAGGAAAAUGGUGCUGUUGGUGUAAUUUAUGUGAGAAAUAUGAAUGAUCUUCUUGAAUGUCCCGUCAACUUUCCAUGUAUCUUCAUGGAUUUCGACACUGCCUCCGACAUAUAUUUCUACAUGGAAACUACAACCAGCACACCCAAGAUUAAGAUAAGUCCAUCCAAGAUGGUAAUUGGUGAACGUGUAGCAAGUAGAGUGGGAGUAACAUCGGCGAGAGGGCCUAGUUCCAUUUCACCUGCCAUUCUUAAGCCAGAUAUAGCAGCCCCGGGUGUGUCCUUACUAACACCUAGAAUACCUACAGAUGAAGACACAAGAGAGUUUGCUUACUCAGGAACAUCAAUGGCAACUCCUGUUAUUGCUGGAAUCGUAGCACUUCUCAAGAUUAUGCAUCCUACUUGGUCUCCUGCUGCAAUCAAAUCAGCUCUUGCCACAACAGCCACAAGAACCGAUCCACACGGCGAGAUUCUAACCGCAGGUGGGUCUGCCCAAAAACUAGCUACUGCAUUCGAUUACGGAGGAGGUCUUGUGAACAUGGAGAAAGCCACAGAUCCUGGUCUUGUUUACGACAUGGACAUCAAUGGCUACGUACAGUACUUAUGCUCCGAAGCUCUUUACACAGACAAGAGAGUUUCUGCUCUAACUGGAAACGUCAUUAAAAAGUGUCCUUGCUCAAGUUCGUCCAUUCUUGACCUCAACGUACCGUCUAUCACCAUCCCAAACCUCAAGGGGCACGUCACAGUGACACGUACCGUGACCAACGUAGGCAACGUUGACUCGGUUUACAAGGCCGUGGUCGAGGCUCCACUUGGAUUCAAUGUUAUGGUUUCACCGGAGAAGCUAGUGUUUGACAACGAAACCAACAAGGCUGAGUUUACAGUGUGUGUGAGUUCGGGUACACAUAGGGUGAACACUGACUUUUUCUUUGGGAGUUUGACUUGGAGUGAUGGUCUUCACAAUGUCACAAUCCCAAUUGCUGCGAGGACACGUUUCAUCGAUAAUUUUUUCCUUUAA